ACUGGUUCGGUUCAGUUGAAAGAAAUCAAAAGUUUAGAAAAGCCAUUCCAAACAACCUAUACCCCCGGGCCCGGAUACAAGUCACAGUGCAGAUCAUAACGCAGCUCUAAUUCCCCUAAUGUCACCAGAAACGAGUACCCAGCCAUCACGGCCUUCUAAACCAACCACUCGAAGUUCCAUCCGACAGUCACUCAAUUUCACGUCAGUAGGCAAAGCCUUGGCGGAUGUAAUCAACAAGGAGUCCCGCGACCGCGAAAAACCUAAUGAGAAAGCCCUGAAGAAGUCAAAGGACUCUUCAAGACGCCUCAGUGCUAUUAUGAAUACCAGCGCAAUCCCCCAAGCUAAUAACGCCACUGCAUCAGCAAAGUCAAAGUCUCCAAUUCCGGGGCACGCCAAGGAGGACACUUCUCCAUCCACAAAGACAGUCACUCGUAGUAUCAGGAGACAGUCUGGUCUCCUCAAACCCGCUCCAGUUUGUGACGAUAUGGGGCUAAAGGUACUAGAUGCUGCUGGUAUCAGUCCUACCAUGAAGCGUUCGUCUACGCUACGCCCAAGAACCGCUCCUGCGCCCACAUCUUCUGCAUUGCCGAAAUAUCGGCCAAAGUCCACUCUCAUAGAGUCUGUUCUCCCAAAGAAACCUGUAUCUCCCGCUCGCGCCGGCACUCGCAAGCGGCUGAGCACAUCAGAGGAGGAGGACAAGGCUCAUGCCCACUCUCCCGAUGGCAACCAUUCCCUUGAGAAGAAGAAGUCUAAGAGGCCGAUCAGUCCUCUACCCCAUAGAGCACUUACGGUGAAGGUUAACUUGCCUAACCUCACCCCCCCUUCAACGCCUUCCAAGACCAACAAAGCGUCACCAGCGAAGAAGGCCUCGCCUGCCAAGGUAGAUUCCGCACGACCAGCUAAAAUCAUAAAGACGACCGCUACAUCAUCUACGUCUAGGUCAAACAUUGCACGGCCUCCAUCGUCUUCAUCGUCUCGUAGCUCUGUCUGCUCGCAGAGUUCACCUCAGACACCUUCCAAGAGUGGCCUUGGGUUCGGACGCUCGAAAAAUAAUCAAGCAUCCAGUCCCCUGCGUUCUACCGGUCGUCCUGCUCCGGAGUCUCCGCUUGCUCAUCACACUCGUCAGCUUUCUGCUGCGACCCUUGGCAGAGAUACAACACCCACCCCACUGUCGCAGCUUGCGGAGGAAGACAGCGAAGACUCCAUUGAAGCUGAUGAUGUAGAGCUUCUCCUUGCCCCUGCUGCCCCUCUUGGGGCACCCACACCUGCGAUCCCCAGGAUUCGGGCUGUUCGACCUCAAAACCAUGAGUCAGAACUUCAAACGCCCUCACGCCCCUCACAACUCCUUCCUACACGGGCGAAUCUUUCCUACCUGUCGCCUGUACCUUCGAUGUCACAGAGCUCGCCUCGCCUCCGCCCUCCCCAAGCCAAUGGCGCAAAUCGUGGUUCAAUAAUGUCUUGGGAACAAUUAGCACAUGACGGAUCACAGAUAAUUGGACAGGAAGAGGUGGAGAAAAUGCUGUCAGAGAUUCAGGCGCCCUUUACGCCAAUUACCCCCUCACCGAACGUCAGUGUCCUCGCACUUGAAGUUCCUGAAAGCCCCUGUCUCUCUGCUCUGCCAUCUCCGGGUGGCUAUGGGUCUAUAUCCCAGGUUUUAUUGCCGGACGUUACGCCAUCGCCCGCAAUGCACCACCUUAACCAAGUGUUCGAUACGUCCACGGAGCUUCCCCCUCCUAUGGACUCGGGCACCGUCACUCUACUUCGUUUACAAGUGGCAUCCGCCGAGAACACAGCGCAGGAACGCCUCACCCGUCUGCAGGACCUGGAGGAGCAGCUGCAUGCUGCUACACAAUCUCGUGUUCAGGAGACCGAAGAACUCGCGAAGCAAGUCUCCUUCCUGGAGAAACAGCUUCGCAUAAGCGUUGAGGCGAGGGAGAGGCUGGACGAGGGACGCGCUGCCUUCACCGCAUCCCUGCAGGACCAGUUGCGUCACGCAGAAGCUCGCGGCGAGCAGGCAACUGAUGCUGCUUUUGCUCGCGGACAAGAAGAGGCUGCUGCAUCGUGGGCUGAUUUGCUCAAUCAGAAGCAACAAAAAUGGGAAGUAUGUUCCCUUGCUCGUGAGAUUAAAGUGGAAUGGGCUUCUGUCAGAGGGCAGGCGGAGGUAGAACAAGAGUUUCUGCGUGCGAACCGCGAGACGCUGAAUGUAUUCCUGGCUAUGCUGGAUCAAAGCCAGAUGCAGAUGCAGGGCCUGCUUGCUUGAGCGACGUGAGUGCCACCAGAAUCUGACUUGGCAGCAAGUUUUCUGAACGUCGGGUUACAGACUUAUGCUUAUGACCUUCAUCUAUUCCUCGGAUCAAUUUGUACUACAUAGAUGACCUCACUAUGCCCGUUGACUAGAUUAUUACCGCCGUGAGGCAUCAGCAGCACACUCGUGUACCGAUAGCACACAGUACCAAUUGUCUAGCCAUUACUACGAAUAGUCGUAAUGAACAUACCAAU